GGGAAUUUUUUAACUUUGAUUUACAUCGUUGAAUAGAUAUGAAUAAUUUGACGCACGAGACCAUUCAAAAUGUGAAAGCUACCUUCGUAAACACUAAUCAUAAGUAAAUAAACAGUGUAAGCUGUUGUCUGGGUGCAGAAAUAAAGUUUUAGUGAUUUUUACGUUGUAAACGAGGAUGUCGGGAGAAGAUUGUGAUGCCACCGAUCGAGGUGAUAACGACGGGCAGAAGCUAGACAAGAUGUUCACUCUCAAAAAGUGGAAUGCCGUGGCGAUGUGGAGUUGGGAUGUGGAAUGCGACACUUGUGCUAUUUGCCGUGUCCAGGUUAUGGAUGCCUGCCUUCGUUGUCAAGGCGAAAGCAAGAAAGAUUCCUAUGGUAAACAAGAUUGCGUGGUAGUGUGGGGCGAAUGCAACCACAGCUUCCAUUUCUGCUGCAUGUCUCUAUGGGUGAAACAGAAUAACCGUUGCCCGUUGUGCCAGCAAGAGUGGUCCAUACAACGCAUGGGCAAGUAAAUGAAAAAUAAUGGGAAGGUGCAAUCUCAUUUGUAAAACGUCUAAAUCUUAACUGACCGCCACGGGUGACAACGGGCGCACCCGGACGCAUCUCCUACCACGGCGCGUAGCGCGAGCUCGCGCUUUUCAAGUUACCAACGCGUGACAAAUCCAAAAACAGGCAACUACGGACGACCACGGGCGCGCUCGGACGUCUCGCUUCCCACGGCGCGUUGGCGCCAGCUCGCGCCGCACGGCCCGUGGAGAGACGGGUCGUGGGAAGCCGCCUUUACGAAUGAGCAGUAGAAUUUAAUUAAUAUGAGCAGUAGAGCUUAAUUAAUAUGACUACUUCAAGUGUAAUUUGCUUACCUAUGAAAUAAACAUGAUUUGAAUUUGAAUUUCUAAACGCAAUUUAGGAGGAAUAAAAACGAUUAACUUUUUUCAGUCUGUGCUUUAAAUUCUGCGUACCUUUUGGUUCAUAACUUCAUAAUGACACAAAGCUUAUUUUCGAACAAUGUUUGGAAAUGAAUGAAAAAUGAGGCAUUAAAAUGUUGUCUCACUGAGCUGCGAUUUCUUUAGACCCGUCUAAAUAUAGCGAGUCGUCGAGUUACACGUGGCUUACAUACAUAAUUAGUAUGUCGAGUUACUUGCAUUCCGUUGUAACUAUUACGACUUACGUUUCUUUACUAAGUAAGAAUCAAUAGAUUUAAUAAAUACAAACAUAAUACAUUACAUAUGCUAAAGCCAUCAAUAUGCAUAGAGAGUAAAUUUUGGUACAAUUGGCCAGAAUAUAGCAUAACAAGACUACUUUUGUAUUUUUUUUAAAUCUGACUAUCAAUUCUUAACAUCAAACAGAAUCGUCCACAUAACUUCAGCCCCUUAUCACCCUGCUACAAACUGAGAAGCAGAUCGUUUUAUACAAACGAUCGAGAAGAAAUUAAAUGGGGAGAGUGCUACCCUUGUGCAGUAGAAACAGCCAUUGACGUUCGGAGUCUACGCCGUAUGAAAUAACGUUUAACUGUUACUUGCACACCAAACUACAUGUAGUGAGAAGAUACCCCCCAUACCUAACUACUACCCAGUUUACAGAAAAACAGGGAUUUCAAUCCUCGAGAUCGGAUGCCAAUUCGUAUCUAGGUAUACUUCAAACUGAAGAUUAGUUUAUCGUAAUAGCACGACGUCUCAGAAGGCUCCACUACGAAUUAAAUGAAUAAUGGUCUUGUACGGGUUCGCCACCUAGAUCAAAUUCUGGGGGGUCCACUGGUGACGAGUUUUGGAAUCGAGGCUAACGUAUGUCCGUAUUUUUAUACUUUUAUUUUGUCAUUCUAUUAUUUCUUCAUUGCAGUAGGUAUAAUAAGUUCACAUUUUUUUUCAGUUCAGGAUUUUACGUAUAUAAUUCAUUUGUAACCUACUUUUUUUUAAACAUAAGGACAGUUUUAUAUUAGUAUGGCUUUAAGAACAAUAAAGUUCGUGAAACAAAAAUAAUCCUUUGUUAAAUGAACAAUGAUAUUAC